CAAUGAAAAUGCGUAAAUUAACGAAAUUCGGUGAGGCUACGGCGAGCAUUUUAUUGUCAAUGUGAUUCUGCUCUAACACGUUAAAGUUUUCCAGUUAGCCAAUAAAAAAAUAAAGGUUUUGUAUUGUAUAAAUACCCCUUUAUGCCCCUUACUCUUUCGGAUGCGGGGUUGAAUGUGAGCCACCCUUUGGGGUAUCAUUGAAGUGAAAAAAGCUCCAACUCGUCUCUUGGUUCUCAGUUCAAUGUGGCUUUCUACUCUGUCCCGAACAACUUUGGCCAGGAGACUCGAAAUGGUGAGUCCGCCAAUUCAGUGAGUCACUCUCAUUCUCUCACUCAUUCGCUUACUCUCGUUGGUGACUGUUGCGUCUCACGGCGAGAAAUUCUCGGUGAAUCGGCUUCGCAGUCUCUUCUGGUUGUCGCCAUGUGCAGUUUAGUGAAUGUGGAGCAAAAGCUCGUAGCGACUUGUGCAUCGCGUGAGUUCAGUGAUAGCAGAUUAAGGUUGAUGUGUCUUUGGUAUACAAAUUGCCAAGAAGAAAAAUCGGCGCAAACGUGCAAUUGAGACAAUUGCUUGAUUAAACGUGGAGUUCGAGCAGUACAAGAAAAUUACGUGAAGAGGUGGAUUAGUCAGUGGUUGAGACAAGAGAGACUACCAGUUGUAAGAUAAUACUGGACAAAAAAAAAUAGUGUUUGUGUGCUGAUAAAGUGUCCUGAUAGGAGUAAUCUGUGCCAAAAAUUCAAUAUUUGCCUUUUUGUCAACGGACGCAGCAUUGGGCAAAAUUAGUGGAUUUUUUGCUGUUGUUUAGCGAUAAAGAAUCUCAACCUUCAAAGCUGAAACGAAUCUUGGAUUUCUUUUUUUUUCGAUAAUUUCUUCUAGAUUCACCAUUUGAAUGUAGUGUCUGUGUAACCGCUCCUUCGUAAUUAUAUAUUCAGCCAUCGAGCAAUAACAUAAAAAGAAUCAAUCUUGUCGCUAUUGCAUUUCCGGGCGGAAAGAGGUGUGUGAAUUAGCCUGAAAAUAGCGCAAAAAUUGUGGGAAAUUGGUGAGUCGGAGGCUAAAGUGGAGUAGAAAACGGGGAAGAAUUUAUUUGGCGAGUGAAGUGGCUUGCUAAUGAAGCGCAACCCAAAAUAGCCCAGAAAUGUCUGAAGAAGCUGCACCAGACAGUACAGUGAGACGCAAUGCGUCCCUAGAUGAACAGAGGCUAGCCUUUGCUUCGUCCAAACUCUCCGCUGCGAAUCUCAUGCAGGAAGCUUCCCGUAGUCAUAGUUUCCAGUCCUCUUCAUCAUCCUCCUCCAGUAUCACGUCCACCAUGACAGUGGUACAUCAACAGCAGAGCCACUUCCACCAGAAGGUCAGCAGUUCUAGUAGUGCCUCCUCCAGUGGCGCUUCCAGUAAUGCCGGUGACAAGGCUAUUGUCAUCAAAGCAUCUUCUUCUUCAAGUGGUGCCGCAAGUGGCAGCAAAACCAAAUUCCAGAGCUUCCUCCAGCAACCCGAGAUGGCAAUGCAUUCAGGAUUCCUGAGUGCCACGGCACAACAGCAGAAAUUCGUACGACAAUUUGUACGAUCAUCUUCAGCCCACAGUGAGAGCAUCGAUAAGCCCGCCAUCAAGUGCAUAAGAAGUGCCUCCACUCAGAUGGAUGAUGGUGUGGUGCAGCAGACAGCUGCAGAGACAUCUAAAGUCUUUCAUCAGCAAUCUGUGCUCAUCUCUAAGUCAGCCGAAACCAUCGAAACGUCCACAACAUCUGCCAUGGGAACUGGCAUUCGAAAUACCCUUACACUUUCGGGUGGGCUCCUAGCACCGCCUAAUCGUAAGCUUACCAUCUUGAGUCCCAUUCAUGCUCCUCCAGGACUACAGGAGAUGCUAAAGCGUCAUCAGAAUCGCUCACCAUGUUCCCCGAGGCUUGUUCUGCCAGGUGCAAGUGAAGCUGAUCUUUUCGGUUUUGAUGUGGAAAAUGGCCAAGGUGCACGAUCACCCCUGGAGGGUGGAUCACCCAGUGCGGGACUGGUCCUGCAGAAUUUACCACAGCGACGUGAAUCCUUCCUGUAUCGAUCCGAUUCGGACUUUGAGAUGUCACCAAAAUCCAUGUCGCGCAAUUCGAGCAUUGCGAGCGAGAGUCAUGGCGAAGAUCUGAUAGUGACACCAUUUGCUCAGAUUCUGGCAAGUCUUCGAUCUGUACGGAUUAAUUUUCUCAAUUUAACAAAUGUCAACACGAGCAAAUCGAAACGCCAAUCAAAUGCCCCAUUGCCGAAGCCAUUGGUGCCCGGAGAUGAGGCAUAUAUUCGAUUGGCCCAUGACACAAUGGAGGAGCUGGACUGGUGUCUGGAUCAACUGGAGACCAUUCAGACUCACCGAAGUGUCUCGGAUAUGGCAUCGCUGAAGUUCAAGAGAAUGCUGAACAAGGAGUUGUCACACUUCAGUGAAUCCAGUCGAUCCGGCAAUCAAAUUUCCGAAUACAUCUGUUCGACGUUUUUGGACAAGCAGCAGGAAUUUGAUUUGCCAUCGUUGCGCAUCGACGAAAAUGAGGUGGCCAACAUAACAUCAGCCUCGCAUCCGCGAAGUCGAUCUCCACGCUUUGGGGGUCCACCAAUGUCGCAGAUUUCGGGUGUACGACGACCGCUGUCGCAUACCAAUUCCUUCACAGGUGAACGUCUGCCGACGUUUGGCGUGGAGACGCCCCAUGAAGCACAACUGGGCACCCUACUGGGUGACCUGGAUACCUGGGGUAUCGAUAUCUUCCGCAUCGGUGAUCUCUCGUGCAAUCGUCCCCUCACCUGCGUUGCGUACUCCGUGUUCUCGCAACGUGACCUCCUCAGCGCCCUGAUGAUACCACCGAAGACAUUCAUCGCAUUCAUGGUAACACUGGAGGAUCACUACGUGAAGGACAAUCCAUUUCACAAUUCACUCCAUGCCGCCGAUGUGACCCAGAGCACCAAUGUCCUCCUUAAUACACCCGCCCUCGAGAGUGUUUUUACACCACUCGAGAUCUGCGGUGCCCUCUUCGCCGCAUGCAUCCACGACGUCGAUCACCCUGGACUCACCAAUCAGUUUCUCAUCAACACUAGUUCGGAAUUAGCAUUAAUGUACAAUGAUGAAUCGGUGCUGGAAAAUCAUCAUUUAGCUGUUGCCUUCAAAUUACUUCAAAAUCAAGGAUGUGAUAUCUUCUGUAAUAUGCAAAAAAAACAACGUCAGACGUUGAGGAAAAUGGUGAUUGAUAUAGUGCUGUCGACGGACAUGUCCAAGCAUAUGAGUCUGCUGGCGGACCUUAAGACGAUGACGGAGACGAAGAAGGUGGCCGGCAGCGGUGUGUUGCUUCUGGAUAACUAUACGGACCGGAUACAGGUGCUGGAGAAUCUGGUGCACUGUGCCGAUCUCAGUAAUCCCACGAAGCCGCUUCCCUUGUACAAGCGCUGGGUAGCACUCCUUAUGGAGGAGUUCUUCCUGCAGGGCGACAAGGAGCGCGCCAGUGGCAUGGACAUCAGUCCAAUGUGCGACAGGCAUAAUGCCACGGUGGAGAAGUCCCAGGUGGGCUUCAUUGACUACAUCGUGCAUCCGCUGUGGGAGACGUGGGGUGACCUUGUGCACCCCGAUGCCCAGGAAAUCCUCGAUACGCUGGAGGAGAAUCGUGACUACUACCAGAGCAUGAUCCCGCCAUCCCCACCGCAGUCUGACGACAUUGAGGGUGACGAUAAAAUCCGCUUCCAGGUGACUCUUGAGGAGGGCUCUGACAAUGAGGGUGGCGAGGAUGACGAUGAGGACGACUCUAGCGGUGUCAAGCCAUCCACUAGUCAAAUUUCACCGCAGCACGUUGGGAUGUGACGGAGAGUGGUCGGACUAUGCAGGAAGCUUUCCGAGAAAGCACAAACAUUUUGGCUUAUUAGAUAAACACACACAAGGGAGUGGAGAAAAGAAAGAGUAUGGGAGAUGGGGGGUGGGCACAUGGGAAGCGACAAUGUGAGAUUUUUUUUUGCUCUACAGGUAAUGUGUUUCUUUUUUUUUUCAAUCCUAUUUGGAGGACUUUCUUGUCCUUCUUUUGCUCCUCAAACAGGACAUUUUCACGCUGAAAAGAAAAUUUGCGUGAAAGAAAAAUCACAUCAAUCAGCUGCAGAUUGGGAUUUUUUUUCUCAUUAUUCUUUUUUGCACACCUAUUUACUCAUAUUUUUUCUUUCUCCAAAAAACAAGAAAACAAAAAAAAAACCAUAUUAUCUCUGCAAAAGUCAUCCUCAACAUUUAUUCGUCUGUGAGACAAUUAAAUUAAAAUAAAUUAUAUAUACAAAUUGAAAAAAUUCGUGUGUGAUCGUGUGAGAGCAAUUCUUAAUUUCUCAAAGGUUUAUUCUUUGUGCCGAAAAUAUAUUUCUCAAAUUUAUACUUCUAAUAUUGCAUGAGCAAAGAAAAUUACGCAUUUUGUUUUUUUCAUUUUAAUUUUACAAAGGAAAAUGAAGAAGCAUAAAAUUGAGAAAAUUAAUGAAAUUUCUCAAUAUAAACAAGAAACAAAAAGAAAAUGUAAAACAAGUGUUUAUGAAAUUAUUUAUUCAAUUGCUAUUACAAAAAAAAAAAACAUAAAAAGAAUGGUUGUGUCUUUUGAAGUUAUAAUAAUGCAUUAAAAAGUGAAAUUAGACAAAAGGAGAGAUAUGACGACAGAUAAAACAAAAACAUUAAAAAAAAAUCGCUUAAAAAUGUGUUCGUAAUCAAUAUGAAGAAUUUAUUUGAAUAAUGCCUCAUUUUUUUGCGUUUGCAAUGCAAAGGAAAUUAAUUUUUUAUUACGUUUUUUGCGUGGAAAUUUUUCAAAUUAGGGUAAGUGUGCCAAAUUCCGGUCAGCUUGAAAUUUCGGCCACCUUUUUUGUUCCUCGAAUUUUCAUGAACUUUUAGAUUUUACGUACUCUAGAGAUUAUACAAUGCAAAAGAAUAACAAAAAAAUGUAGGUUCGACAAACGAGAUGACGUGGAAAAGGCAUUGGAAGAGUUCCCGAAGGACAAGGAACUAUGAGAAAGAAGGUGGACGAAAUAAGGCACCAAAGCUAUGUCUAUAAUUUUUAUUCAUUUUAAAAUGUAUUACGAAUGAUUUUAGAGUAAAUAAAGACGGUAAACUCUUUACAAGGUUCCAAGAAACACUCUUACAAAAGAAGAAAGAAUAAAAAAAAUCAAUUUAAAUUUAAAAUAUUACAUUUCAAACUUGAGACUUUGACGCUUGCAUGCAACUACGCCAAAUUUAGCACACUUACCCUAUGUUUUUUUGUGUUUUGGGGAUGUUUUGCUAUUUUCCUUCACUUCUUAUUCAUUUAACUAUUUGUUCUACUAUUGAAAAAGACAAUGGUGGAAUAUUGCUUUUGAUUUUUUUAUUAUCCGUAAAAAAAAUACUAAAAUUGGAGAAAAUUUUAAAAUGUUUUCUCUUCUUUUUGUACACAAGAAAACAAUCUUCCUUUAUCUUUCUUCUGUAGCUACAAAAAAAAUUGAUUAAAAAUAAUUGAAAAUUUGUAGAAAAUGAUUAAGAAUGAAAAAAAAAAUAAAAUCUUUUAGAGCAAAAACCAAGCAAAAAAAGAUUUUUAAAAAAGGGAAUAAAACUGAAAAUAUAAUCGUGUAGAAAAUAUAAAGUUAAUGAAAACUUAGAAAUAAUCUUUAUAGAUAUAUUGAGAAAUAAAUGAGGAAUUAGAAAAGAAAUAAAAAUCAUUGUAAUGGGAAAAGAAGAAAUUAAAAAAAAAAACGUGUGGAGGUUAGAUAAAAAAAAUAUUUAUAAAAUGCAUACACGUGCAUUUUAGCAUGAAGAAUCUCCAUUUCAUCAUUAGAAGAUAAAGAAAGUCUUCUCAGAAUAAUUAAAAGAAAAAAAGAAAGAAAGAUGAGAAACAUUUGUAAGAAGUUUACAAAGAAAAAUUUAACAAAAAAAAAACAUAUAAUUAAAUUUACUAUAAGAAAAUGAUGCACUAUUGAGGACAUUCACAUGCAAAAUCAUUUUCUUUACCAAAAAUUAUUUGUUCUUUCGUCCCUAUUUUUUUUAAUUGAUUUAUUAUUUUAUGAGAAGAUCUAGUACAAUUCACAAGGCAGGAUCCUUGUAUGAAUAUUACGUAAAGUUUUUUUUUCUCGAUAUUUUCUCUUCAGAAAAACAACCAACAAUUUUUUUUGUUUGUAACCAUUGAUAUUAAAGCCUUGAAUUUUCCCAUUUUUCCCUUGUUUUAGAGACAAUGGAUAAUUUCGUGAUGGAAAUGUAGAGGCAAAGAAUGGAGAGAAAAUAUUUUGGAAAAGCUAUAAAAAAAAGAAAUAUACAAAAUACAAAAAAAAAAAGUUCUUCGUGAGAAGAUUUAAGAAAAAUCGAAGAAUUUUUCUUAGUUUUCUACUGAUGAAUAUUACUCAAUUUGUCCCACUAAAUAUAGUUUUAAAGGAAAAGAAAAAGUUAUAUACAUUUUUAGUGAAUGCUAAACAGAUAAAAAUAUACACACAAAUUUAACAAAAAAAAGCAAAUAUAUAGUAAAAAAAUGAAUAUUUUCUCUGGCUGGCUGGAAUGUGUAAUAAAUGUAAUAAAUUGUAAUAACACGUUGAAUUUUUCUGGGGCAGGUACCUCAAUUUAUUAUUUAUUAUUAUUAAUUAAAAAAAAUAUAUGACUUAUAAGAAUUUAAAAAAAAAUGGAGGAGAAAAAUUUAUCAUCGUCAUAUUGUGAAGCAACUCUUAACCGAAGAAGAAUGAAGGAAAAAUAUGCACAGAAAAAAAUAUUUUGUAAAAAUAUUCGUAAAUGUUUGUAAAUUCCUAUGGGAGAGUUACAAAAUGCUCGUGAAUCGCAUAACUCACAAACAUGUUCGUAAAAGUUUGUACUUUUUUCACAAACAUUUUUCGAAACAAUGGUGACGAACAUUUUUUGUACUUUUACAAACAUUUGUUCGUCAAUGUUCGUAAACACACAAAAAAUGUUCGUAAAAUUUUGUCAUUUGUUCGUAAAUGUUCGACAGGAAAACAAACAUUUACGAAAAAAAAUGACAAAAUUUAACGAACAUUUAUUGUGUGUUUACGAACAUUUACGAACAAAUGUUUGUAAAAGUACAAAAAAUGCUCGUCAAAUGAUCAUGUUAAGAACAAUGUUUGUGAAAAAAGUACAAACUUUUACGAACAUGUUUGUGAGUUAUGCGAUUCACGAGCAUUUCGUAACUCUCCCAUAGGAAUUCACAAACAUUUACGAACAUUUUCAAAAAAUAUUUUUUUCUGUGUGAACAGUUUUUGUAAAAAAAAAGAUACAGAGAUAAAUGAAAACAAGAGAAAUUUGAAAUUGUAAAUUAUAUUUAACAAAAAAAAAAGAAGCAAACAACAAAUGAAUAUAACUAUCGUUAGCUACUGGGGAAUGUAUAGAAUUGAGAUUUUCUGACAAAAUGUGUUACACAGCAGACAAAAAAAAAAUGCAAAAUAAGAAAUUUGUGCAAAAAUUCUCAGUAAUAUCACUUGAAUCAUCAAGAUUAUAAUACAGAACAAAGAAAAAAAAAGAACUAAUGUAAUUGACAUUUUGUGAGACGUAGUGAAAAUUUUGAAAAGUGACGCUGGCGUCACCUAUUUUCAUUUUAGUAGUCCGAUGGAAUAAUUCGAAUGGAUAAAAAUUUAUAAAAAAAAAUAAAGCAAAUGUUGAGAAAUAAUGAAAUAUUAUUGUGUAAAAAAAAUUAAAAUAAACUCUGAAAUGUAGCAGUUUCCGUACCAAAAAAAAACAACAAUAAGUACUCUAAUCUACAAACUAGCUUACCUUUUCAGUGAGAGAUUAGAAAAAAAAAACAAAAAGAAUGCAGAGGGUGGCAAUUGAAUACAAUUAAAAGAAAUAUUGAAUAGACACAAUUUUAAUUACUCCCAUUAAUUUUCCAGUAUUUUUAAUACUAAAAUUAAAUAAAUUAAAAAAAAAUCAGAGCCCUAUUUACAAAAUGCGAGUUGAUCCAUGUUUCCUUGCAUAUCGAUCCUUAUGGCUCCGGUACACCUUUUAGAUUAGGAAAAUUUCAUGAAGUCGAAAUUCGAAACCCUUUCUUUCUCAUAUGUUUUGCAUAUGACUAUCUCAUUCUUUCGCAUACCAAAUUCGAUUGAGCUAAAUUGAAUUUGGAGUGACGUUUAAGAGAAGAAGAAGAGUGCCAGAGAAUGAGAUAGACAUUAUGCAAAGCAUGUGAGAAAGAAAGAGAUCCGAAAUUCGACUUUAUGAAAUUUUCUUGGUCUAAAAGGUGUGCCCGAGCCAUUACUGUUUCCAGCACACCUUUUUGAGCAGGAAAAUUUCGUUUAAUCAAAAUUCACACCCCUUCCUUUUUUUCAAGUAUUUUUUCAUAUGUAAAUCCCCCUCUUUCGCAGUUAAAAUUCAAUUGAACUAAAUUGAAUUUGGUUUGACUUCCAAAAAAAAAGAAGAAGACGAAUCCGAAAGAGUGAAAUAGACAUAUGCGAAACUUUUGAGAAAGAAAGUGAUGUGAUGAAUUUUGAUUUCAUGAAAUUUUCCUAACCUAAAAGAUGUGUCGGAACCAUGAAAAUUCAAAUGAAAGCCAACGGUCUUGACCAAAUUAUAAAGGUAUGGUGGGUGAUUCCUUCAAUGCAAAUUCAGAUUCUGGCAAACUCGAACGAUAUUAUUUAUAUCUGCAAACAAUUGGAUUAUCCGUGAAAAAUACGCGGAAAGAUGAUUUGAUAAAUUUCUAAAUUUUCAUCAUAAAAAAAAUCUAAAACAGGGCAAAAGGGCCAGUUAUCAUCGAACGUAUUUUGUGAAGUGUUCAGUGAUUGACCAAAUGAAAUCUAAAUGGUAUUUUGAAAAACCAAUUAUGAAUUUAUCUCAAUAUGGCUCUGGCACACCUUUUAGAUCGGUCAAAUUUCAUAAAAUCAAAAUUCACAUCCCUUUCUUUCUUAAAAGUUUAGCAUAUGUCUAUCCUACUCUUUCGCACUCUUCUUCUUCUUUUGAACAUCACACCAAAUUAAAUUUGGUUCAGUCCAAUUUUGAGACCGAAAGAGUGGGAUAGACUUAUGCAAGUCUUUUAAGAAAGAAAGAGAAGCGAAUUUUGAUUUCAUAAAAUUUGACCGAUCUAAAAGAUGUGCCGGAGCCUAUAGAAUUUUAAAUGGUGACCAAAAUCGAAAAGUGUUACAAAGAAUAAUUUUUUUCCAAGGGGUUACUCAAACUUGGAAUACCGACACAUUUUUUCGUUCGAAUCCAUGGAAUCCAUGGAAUCACUCGUAAGAUUCUAAUAGGAUCUGAAAUACAAUUUCUUCAAGAAUCAUUGGAAUCAAAUGGAAUCACAGAAACAAUCUUAAUUCCGCGAUAGAUAAGCCAUAGUACAUUACAGAUUUCUAUGGAUUUUUUUCUUAUUUUCCAAAGAAGAUUGGACAUUUUCAACUACAACAACAAUCAUAGAAUACGUCUCAUGCCCAACGCAUAAUAACUUUUGUUUUGUAAACAUGUUUUUGACAUUUCAAUGAGAGUGAAUGAAACAUAGAUCUAGUCAUCUCGCUCAUUCUCAUGGGAAAUUUUAAAAACAUGUUUACCAACAUAAGUUAUUGUGAGCAGGUCAUCAUUCAAAAAGAAAUAGGAUUUCUCCCGUGGCGGGUACAAGGUAAAAUACCCAAUCAGUAAAUGCGGUUAAGGCGGACCCCCGGAAUACCAAGAACAAAAUCGUUCUUCAAUAUUUUACACAGAUUGAGGUGCCCAUUAUUUUCGAUUAAUAAGAGGCUCUAUUUAGAGACAUGGAUGCAGCUAGGAUUUUAGAAAGACAGGAGCCAAAUUGAUGAACUAUCCCCAACAGGAAUCGUUUAUUUUUCUAAUGCAAAGAACAAAAGUUCCCAAAAAAAAAUUGUAAAAUAAAGCUUAAUUAUUAGACUUUGAGCUUAAAUAAGACUCAAUAAAAGGAAAACAAUCUUUAAACUUACGAUCUUUUCGAGCACUUUUCGAGCAAAUCACUGCCGACUUAAGCGAUUUUGGAGGAUUUCGACAAAAGUUACAAAAGCGUUUUCAUGGAUAUGAGUAGCCUUCCGUUCCAGAAAAUUGAAUUUUAAGUUUGAGGAUCCCAAAACGAUGUUCUUAGAAGUUUUUAAAUUUUAUAUGCUUGAAAAUAAGAAUCAAUCCUAUUUUAAUCCGAUUUUGAUGAUUUUAAGUGGUUCAGAUAGCACGUAAUCAGAUUCAAUUGAAUUCCAAAAAUAAAUAUUAGCAUUUAUGUUUUAAGGAAAAGGGAUUAAGAGCAUCUUCCCUUUUUUUUAAAUUCUUAAGAAGAUUUCCACAAGCUUUUUGUCAAAAGUAAACAAUAAAUUAAUUUUCAAGUCGUUUUUUUAUGAUAUCAACUUAUUUUCAAAGACGAAAACACUCCACAAAAAAUUCGAGUGGAAAUUCUGGAAAAAAAAAUAUUUUUUACAUGUUGAACAAAAAUGUAAUUAAGGCUUUUCCUUGAAGAAAAUGGCGGGAAAUUUUGAUUUCUAACCCUAUUUUGAUUAUAUUGUGGCCUGAUGUGGAAAGCUUUCCAGCUAGAUAGACUAGAUAUUUCCUCUAACCUGAUUCAUAGCGACAUUGUAGCUGUUGCUACAAAAUUAUCUAUCUGAAAAAAAUAAAAAAUUAACUAUCUGAAAUUAGAUAAAUUCGAAGAUAUCGGGAAUAAACAUAAUCACAGAAUGGAAUAAUUGAGAAUCACAGAAUACCGAAUUGAAUUAUUAACCCAUUCCUUACCAUGGUAUUAUACAUCAUACGUAAAUUGAGUGAUUUUUGAUGAUUUAUUUCUGGGCAAUUUUUAUCCGAAUUGCUGUCGGGAAUGGAUUUUUAGUAACGUUAGUUAUUCAAUUACUUGAGAAAAAUAGUCCGACAGAGAUGAAAAUACAUUUUGUUAUAAUUUUCUUGCUUCGCGGAAGGUCAUGCAAAAUUUUUGCUCAAAAUGGCGGACGGAAAAUACGAUAUCCCGUCGAAUUUGUUAAAAUUGGCAUCUUUCCUCUUUCCUGAUUUGAAUUCUAGUUGCCAAUUGGUGUUCUUGGAUAGUCACUCUAUCUAAAUCAAUAGAGUUUGUAAUGAAUUAAUGCUCAGAAUUUAAAUUCAGUGACCGUUAAGACGUGUGUUUGACAGAGGCUCCCCGCGCCCCAAUAUGAGAUAAUUUUUUUUUCUUUUCAAAAAAUUCAUCUACUAAUCUGUAGGAAACUAAUCCCAAAAUAUGAACAUUCUAUCUCAAGUAUUUCUGGUACCUGACUGAAUGGGUUAAGAGAAUGAAACAUUUGGAAUCACUAGAAUCACAUUGGAAUUCCAUGGAAUAAACGAAAUAUGGACACAAAUUUUCGAUCUUGAGUAACCUUCUGUUUUUUUUUUCUGACUUUAGAGCAAAAGACCCGUGACCCAAUUGUCCUUAAACGGUUAUACGGACUUCAGACCUAAGGCUUAGCUGUAUGGCUAAUCUUCUAUAAUUUCUUAUCAAACAGGAAUUUUUGGAAAAUUUUGUCUUAGGAUUGGAUGAUCAAUGAUAAAUGAUCUAUUGGAUUCUGACAAAACCAAUAAAUUUGCUUGAUAUUUAGGAUUUAAGGAUCUUCGGAAACUAUGGGUUAAACCUUUAGCCUGAAGACCGCUCAUUUAGCAAAAUAAAAAAUGUUGAAUUCUCCAAUUCUCAAAUAUUCCAAAAUUAUUUAGUUCUUCACUGAGAAAAAAAGAGGCUGCGAUUAACUUUUUUUUUGUUAAAUAUAUCAACAUUUUUUAAUGUUAAUUUUACACCUUUUUAAGGGUAAAAUCAACAUGAAAGAAGGGUUAAUUUAACCCCUAAUACACCUAAAAAGGGUAAUAUUUACACCGAUUUCGGAUCAAUACUGCAGGGUAAAAUUAACGUUUCCGGAAUGUUAUUUCAACUUUUUCGGAUUUCUCUCAGUGUUUAGACAAAAAAGUCUUUUAUUUCUUUCUGCAAUGAAAUUUCACUUACUAAAUUUUCGAAUUUUGAUUUUAUUUUAAAGACUAAUGAUGGAUAAAAUUUAUUUUUAUUUUUGAAUAAUUUGAAUUUAAUAUCUGUAUUUUCUAUAUUGACUUUCUCCUGUCUGAUUUAAUAAUAAAAAAUACUGAUAUUUUUUCUGAUUACAUCUAAUCACACAUCAAUUGCCUCUCUCUGCCAUUAGGGGAAAGUGAUCAUGCUUCGUACGAUAUCAAGUUUCCCAAUGACUAAAUUUUUCCUGUGUUUCUGAAUAAAGUUGACUCUGAAAUAAUAUAUUUUAAAAACUAGGCACUUUCUUCUGGUUUUUAAAAUAUGGGUGCGAUAAAUUACAUUUAUUGAAAAACAUAGGAAAAAUUUAGUCAUUCAGGAAGCUUGAGAGUUCACUAAACAUGGGCACUUUACCUUAAUCUUCCUACCAAAAGAUUAUCUGAUUUUAUACUGAAUGAAAAAAUAACCAAAAUUUACUGGAAAUUUGCUAUAUAUCUUAUAAUAUCUCAUGAAUUCCAUAGAAGACAAAAUGAAAUUAGAAGAGAAGCUUUCAAUGUUAAUUAGGGAAAAAUAAUCCUGAAUGUUAGAGAGAAAAAAAACAGUAAAAAAAAAAUUAAAAGAAAAAAAAUAUCUACAUUUUCUAAGGAUUUUUCUUUAAUUCUCAACGGAUUAUUUUGCACAGAAUUUCUUUGAGGAAGUGCUGAUCGUGUUUUAAACUAUUUAAAAAAAAAACUUCUUUGUAGGAACAGUGCCGGAAAAUCAGAAUGAGCGUCAAAUAGAAUGGAAACCGAAAUGAGCUUAAAGUUUUCCAAGAAUAUUUUAAGUGAGUGAAAUGAAGAAAAAUAAAAACAAAUAUAAACAAUUAGUAAGAAAAAUCGCGUAAAUCUACUGUAAACUUAUUACUUUUCAUCUUGAUAAUGCUAUUUAAAAGGUAAUUUAGAAAGAGAAUAUUUAGAAGAAAAGUGAGUGAAAGAAAAAAUUAAUCAUAUCAUGACAAUUUCACAAAAAAAAAGACGAUAUAGUGGAUGACUAAAUGAUUUGUGAACUUUGAAGACAACAAUAAAGAAAAAUUAUGCCACAAUUUCUUCAAUCCUUUUUCUAAAGAAAAAUAAAACAUUUAAUAUACCGCAAAAAAAAACAGAGACAUACAUAUGUCCAAGAACAUUACACAUCUUCCUUCAUUUCUUCUACAUUUCACAAGAAAAAAAACUACACAUCAUUACUCUUCACAUUUUCACGAAAAAGAAAACACACACACAAAACCGUAAUUUUUAUGAGAGACAGGCAAGAAAUAAAAAUAUUAAAAAAAAAAACAAACACUUUAUAAGCAUAUAAAAAGCUCUUUUUAUGUCAACCUUUUAUCGGAAUGAAAUCAAUCAGUAAUGUGUAAAAGAUACUAAAAAAAAAAGAAUAUACAAUCCCCACUUUUAAGUUCAUAUAAAACAUAAGAAAUUACAUACCAAAAAAAAACAGCAGAAAAAAGUGAAAGAAAACUUUGUAGGUUAGUGCAAAAGUGAGAAACAAAAACUAUUUAAUCGGAAAAUUAGUAGAUAACAAAAAAAAUCAUUUUAAAAUUUUAAUUAUUACUGAAAAGUGAAAUUUGUUUAUUUAUUGAACUAAAAUUAAAUAAAAGGAAAAUCACGAUGAAAUGCCAAAUCUAUGUCCAGUAACAUGAGAGAAGAAAAAAAAAACAGUGUUGAAAAAGAAUUUUCCUUAUUACACGAGGACAAAUAAUUGGGAUUAACACAAGAUUAAAUUAUUUGAAUUGAUUAAAAUAAAAUUAAUUGAAAAGAAAUCUAGACAUUGGACUGUUACUCAUAUAGCCUUAGCAGAUAAUGUAAAAUGUAAGAGAAAACAUGUUUGUUUUGAGAGAAAAGAGAAAACACAUUAAAUUAAAAAAAAAAAUGAGAAAAAA